AUGGCGCUUCUUAAUAACUUGAAAGAGACACCUCUCUUUAGAGAGAUGACACCUAGGUUGUUCAUGGUAUUCUCCUUCAUGUCCACAGGCGCAAUCAACUUCGGGUUUGACAAUGGUUGGUGGAGCUGUGUGCUCCCCUUGAACCAGUUCAUCGCAUACUAUGGACCACCAGGCGCAACUGCACUCCCAUCCUCGUGGCAGUCAGCAGGCUCUGGCACCGGAAACGCCGGCUUGGUUAUCGGGUGUUGCAUCGCUGGUGCAAUCGGACGUCGAAUUGGACGCAGAUGGUCGAUUGUACUUCUGGUCGCCAUUGCUCUGGUCGGGAUGAUUGUUCAAAACGCCAUUCAGAGCUUUUGGGCGGUCAUGGCAGGCCGAAUGAUCAAUUCUAUCUCCAUGGGUAUUGAGGCCAACGUCGUGCCCACGUUCAUGGCUGAACUGUCACCACCUGCAAUUCGUGGUUCCCUGGUGAACUUCUACCAAUGGUGGCAAGUAGUUGGGGUUCUGUUGUCUACCGCGACGGUUUAUGGGUGCAGCAAAGCUUACACAGAUCAAUGGGCAUUCCGCGUGGUGAUGCUGGCCCAAUGCUUCAUCCCCCUGAUUUUACUAUUUUUCGUCUACUUCCUCCCAGAGUCACCUCGAUGGUUGCUAUCCAAACGGCGACGGAAUGAUGCAUUACAAUCGUUGCGCUUCAUACGCCAUGGCUCUGGGGCCACGGAGAGCAAUUUGAACGCCGAGCUUGAUCUGAUCAUGCUGUCUAUAGAAGAGCAGGAGACCAAUCAUAAUGCUACUUCGUAUGCGGACUGCUUUCGAGGGAGCAACGGACGGCGCACAUUCAUCGCUGCUGGCUGUCAAGUAUUACAGCAACUGCAAGGAAACUCUUUCGCUAGUAGCUAUAGUGUCCUCUACCUGAAGCAGCUGGGAAUUUCGGACACCCUCCAGGCCAACACAGCCAGAAUCGGGUGUGCAGUCGCUGGGGCGGCAGUAGCGUUCGUAGCUGCUGAUUCACUUGGUCGACGGCCACUGAUGUUGGGCUGUGCGGUCGUCAUGUGGGCUGGCAUGUGGACAUCGUCUGGUCUUUCUUCUUUCUGGCCAGGUGCUAUCACGGAUGCUCCCGCCCAGGGUGCUCUCGCAGCCAUUCUGGUGUGGACCGCUGCUAGCACGCUUGGCUGGGGCAGUUGUACGUGGAUGGUGACAACGGAAAUCCCAACAAGUCAACUGCGCGAGAAGACGGUCGGGAUUUCUACGGCCUUGUCUUUCACGGUGGUCCUUCUGGUCAGUUUUAUCAACCCAUUCGUGCAAAGUGAACCGGGAAACUUGCAACAGCGAGUAGGCUUUGUCUAUGGCAGUUUUUCUAUUCUUGCAAUCAUCUUCGUCUACUUUCUAGUGCCGGAGAUGCGAGGAAGAAGUCUAGAAGAGUUGGAUGAGCUAUUUCAAGCAGGUAUCCCAGCAAGAAGAUUCCGGCAGGCGAAGGCUCAAGGUAUAGGCGCCCAAAUUACAAUGAUCCAAGAUCGCACUCAGCCUUCUUCUGGAAUCAAAGUUGUUGAGUCGGAGGAGUUGGGCGAUGGUGACCACGGCGGCAUUCCAUCAGCUAAAUAG